CAAACCGCAGUCGCAAGUGAGCUGUUGUUGAGUGUGGCGGUUUCGUUUAGCUACCGUCUUGUCCUUGCCGGUAUAAUCCGCUUGUCGUACAUUAUCAAAAACACCGGUUAAACCGACAGAUCGGUGACCGGUUAUGUUCUCGUUCCACUAUACAAGGUGAAGUUCUUCGUUUGUCAUUCUUUAACCAAGAGCUUCCGUCUGAAAUUGUCGCGUAUAAUAGGAGAAAGAGAAAAACCUCUUCCGAAGCAUUUGAAACACUAUUAGGUCGUAAUCAAAGCGUGUGUGUUCCUAGUGAUUGUGUCAGACGCUUAUUGUUUUACAAAUGCUUAUUCAAAAGUUGUCGGUUGUUACUGUUAAAGCUAGUUGCACGUGAAGUGAACAACACGAUACAGUACCUACUUUGGAGUCGUCGUCGAGGAGAAAAGGAAAGGCCGCGUUGUUUUGGUUCGAAUAAUAAAUAUUGCGAGUACUUAACAAGUUUGUUGCGGCGUCUAAGGUUCAUUAACCAUCUGGGAUCAACCCGCGGGUCUUGAUUUGGUUGCGCUGUUUAGGUGUUCGCUCUCAUUAUUUUUGUGGUGGUAUUCGUCGUCGUGUCUCGAGAUAUUUUCACGGUGUGCCCAUCGGUUGUAGCAACCCUGUGCGUACGCGAUCAUCAACUUCAUCAGCGGCUGCCGACUGUUGCGAUCCCGAGCGACAGUGGCGUGGAAACGAAGGGGCCAAGCUAUUGCAACGCGUUCGAGGAAGAAGAAACGGAGGUGGUCGUCUGUUGCUGCGGCUGCACAGGGACAGAAGUGGCCCCCAAAUGCUGGUCCCACGGAGCGGACAAAUCCUGUUUCAUGUUCAUGUUCCGCAGCAAACGGACCUCUUACACUAAACGAUUGCUGAAAGCUCGCCUCAGGCGAAACGUCGCCGGCGACGAUGGCGCCAAUGGAGGUCCUGAAAGCUGCUUGCAAGAGCUCCUAAAACGAUUAAAGGAUAACCAAUUAGAAAUGUUGUUGAUGGCAAUAGAGCGUCGCGGUCAGGACUUAUCCAAUUGUGUACUUUUACCACGAAACGGCGAACCGCACGUGCUCUGUUGCCAAACAUGGCGAUGGCCGGAAUUGCGGCAAGCCAACGAAUUAAGGCGGCUACCGAGCUGCAGGUCAGUCUCCGAUCCCGUUUACAUUUGCUGCAAUCCUUACCACUGGAGUCGGCUCUGCCAACCCGAAUCACCACCUCCACCUUAUUCCUGUUUUGCAAUGGAUAGGUUAAAACCUGAAGACAGAGCACCUAGUGAGGCACUUCUAGUCUGCAGAGACACGUUCUCAGGGUCAGUCACCACGAACGGCGAAGAUUCGUCUAGGAAUCCAAGGGAAUGGUGCAAGUUGGCGUAUUGGGAGUUGGCGAAAAGGGUGGGCCCGUUAUUUCCCGUUGAACUACCCUACGUCAACGUUUUCUGGGGAGAUGUACCGUACGCUGAUGGUCUUUGUUUAGAAACGUUAGCCCUCUCCCAACAUAGUUUUAGUCCUCCGCCAGGGUCCGUCGCCAAAACUAGGUGUAAGAUAGGUUUAGGAGUAACACUGGCAAACGAAGACGACGGUGUCUGGAUGUACAAUCGUUCCGAUCAUCCCGUUUUCGUGAAUUCACUCACUCUGGAGGAGACUGAGCCCACUCGAGUACCUGCCGAGCAUUGCCUGUGCAUUUUUGAUCCGGCCAAGGCAGCUCAUCAAAACUACGGAUGGAACAACUUUGCUACCUGUCACGGACCGGUCGAUCGAAAUUCCGUCAGGAUCAGUUUCGCCAAAGGCUGGGGUCGCAAUUACACUAGGACGGAAAUAACUUCUUGCCCGUGCUGGUUAGAAAUUCUUUUGGCGCCCUGUAGGUGAUGGGAUCGAUGGUUGACAGUCUGGUAUCUAAGGUGCAAACAAAAACUUACUUGUUGUGAUCUAUCAUCAGGAAGGCUGAGAGUCUACUACCAUGAGAUGAUAAAAAAAAUUGUCAGUCAUUUCCGUCCCAUAGUGAUUUUUGCGGCCUGGUCCUGUAUACAAUGUACGUGCAUUUUUUACAAAAUAUCAUAAUUUAUUUCAAGUUUCGGUCGUUUCGAGGUCGUCAGUAAUUAAUAAAUUAGUUUAAACUAAUUUAAUUCUUCUUCCGUACUUUUAUUUUUGUAAAAGAAUAUGUGAAGUCACUUCAUGAAAAUCUACGUCGCAUUUUUCUUUUCGACUAGAAGAAAGUCGUCUGUCCGUCAAUUUGUUGUUAUUUUUUUAAUUUUCGCUAUAAAAAAUAUCGCAGAGGAAAUAAAGAAAAUUGAUUAGUUGGUGCGCACAAAAUGUACUGACUGUUAUAAGUAUUUUUCCAGCUUAUUCUUUUUUGUUUACAUGUUAUCAAAACUGUGUUAGGUUGUCUUUGUAGUCCUUAACUUACCGAGAGUGACGUAAAAAAUGAUAUAAGUAUGAUAAGGAGAACGCUAAAUAGAAUCGGGUUUUUAGUAACAUACUCAAAAUUUAGAAAUGUGCUUUUGGAUUUUGAAGUUAAACUACUCAAAUAUUACACUGGACCCCACAUUAUUUUAUUAUAAAAAAUAUCCUGUAGGUACAUAAUGUUUUUUUAAGAUUUUAUUUGCCCUGACUGGGUGAAAAAAAUUUUUUUUUAAUUGUUAUGUGUACUUAGUACAGUUUUAUCUUUUUACGUCAUUGUCGGUUAUUUGUUAAAGAAAAAUCAUUGCGGUAAAGCCUAACCGAGAAGGUGCCUUAUACCAACGAAGUUAGGUGUAAGGAUAGAUGUCCUAGAAAUCAGCGCUUAUAAAACUUUUAAAUAGGUUUUGAAUAGGAGGAUCUAGGGACCAUUUGUAUAGUUAUAGCGUCAAAAAUGCAGUGCUAUUUGCGAGUAUUCAUUGUACGUACAUUUUAGAUUUUCAUUUUUAUCUUUAUUUUUUUAUUUCAACUGUUUAAAUUACAUACACAAUUUGCUUGGAAGGUAAAACAUAUUUAUUAAUUAAUUUAUUUAUUUGUUCUCAUAUUUAAUUUUCAAAAUUCUAGGGGCUUAUGUUUUAAUUUCCAAGUAGAUAAGUAAUUCUUCGUGCUUACACGUCAGGUUAAGCAGGGGACUCACAGACGACAAGAAUAAUUUUUAAUCGAUAAUUUAUUAUUAAAUUUUUAAUUUGUCCACUCCUUAUUUAUUUUUUAGAAAAUAUUACUUCUAGUCAACGAUUUUUAAUUUUUUAAAAAAUGGCUGACAAUGAGUUCAUAUUGAACUUAAUUUUUUUUGCAGUGGUGGUUGGUUUAAAGUAUGUAACAGGGGACAGUAUCGUACUCUGUAGGCUGUGAUGUAGUUUACAUAAAGCGAAAUUGGAAUAUCGUUUAAUUAAAAAAAAUUAACUUGUUGCCUUCAUGUAAUUCCCCUGCAACUACGCCACUGGGAUUUAUAUAUUUACCUUUUGUGGUACAGUAUCUCAACUUCCGUGAUUCCCCUGUUUGAUUGUAACGAAAGUCUAACAUUACAAUUAUGUGACGAAGAUGUUUUGUUGUUUUUUUUUUUUGUUAAGAAACGAUUUUAAUUAAGAUGCGAACUAAAUACUCAUUAUUGAGUGACUGAUAAAAGUAACUGUAGAAAGGAUUAAAGAGUUUGGAAGCUUUGUUACGUUUUGAAGCGCUCAUUCGCCUAUAGUCAUGUUUAUAUAUAAAUAUAUGAAGCAGAUUUGAUAGAUCGUCGUAUAUAAAAUAAAUUAAACUUAGAUUAAGCAUUUAUCCGCAGCUAGUCAUAAUAAAAAAGAACUAUAAAGUUGAAUCUAGUACUACUACUACUACUACAUUACUAUUACUACUGCAAAGUUUGCGUCUGUUUUUAAUUAUUUAUUUUUCUGAUCCCGCAAGUUGUAAAUCACAGUGCCUUGGUAUUAAUAUAGCAAGCUGUAUAAAUUUGUUACUUAUUUAACUGGAAAGUACUGAUUGUUAUUUUUUAUCUACUAUAAUAUACAUUCUCACUUUACUAAAUUGUGAAAAAAAGGUUUCCACUGAAAUAAAGUUAACAUCUGCCAUUUA